AUGCCUCCCAAGAAGGUUGUUACCAGCGCGUCCAAGAAGGCGGCGCCUGCUCCUCACACUUCCUACCGCGGUAUGUUUCCACUGAUCCUGAAUGCCCACCACAUCGCUCGCCAGGCUAUCAAGAAGUACGUUCAGGCUAACAACAAGAUCAACGUCACUUCUCAGAGCGUCUUCGACUCUCAGUUCAACAAGGCUAUCAAGGCCGGUGUUGAGAAGAAUGAGUUCACUCAGCCCAAGGGCCCAUCUGGCCCUUUGAAGCUUGCGAAGAAGGAUGCUCCUGUCAAGGCCGCUCCUAAGCCUGCUCCUAAGCCUGCUGCGAAGCCUGCUGCGAAGCCUGCCGCCAAGACUGCCCCUAAGGCCUCUACCAAGGUCACUGCUAAGACUCCCGCUAAGACUGCUCCCAAGAAGACUGCCACAAAGGCUGCCGCUUCCAAGAAGGCUGCACCCAAGAAGCCCACUGCCACCAAGCCCAAGGCUAACUCUGGCAAGGCCCGCAAGACUUCCACUGCCGCCCCUGCUGUCGUUGAGCAGCCCAAGAUCCUGGGAAAGACCAAGUCUGGCCGUAUCACCAAGACUACUGCCCCGCAGCCAACAACAACCCGGGCUGCCCCCAAGAAGCGGACCACCAAGAAGUAG